UCGUUUGUUCAUAGUACGGUAAAAAAAAUGUUUCUUUUGAAAAUUUCAAAGUUUUCGUUAACACAAUUAAUGAGUGUUCAGUGUGAACUCGAAUAGUUGAACAAGUGAUGGUAAUGCUGUGAAAUAAAAACGAGUUAAAAUUUUUUAACAAAAUAUAAAUUUUUCACAUAAAAAAUUGUGCUUAAAUGAAUGUUUCUCACAUUUCCAUAGUUAACCACAUAAUACUCAUACACGUAUGUACAUAUGUAUGUACUUAUCAACCGCAUUGUGAUCGUUAGAAUGUCGCGUAUUGAAAUGUUGAGUGUCAUAACUUAAGCAAAAUGGCAACCAUUUCCAAUAAUGAAAAAAUAAUAUUGAAAUAUUGUCGAGGCUUGACAUUUAUCACAAGUCUUGAUCACUUUUCAAAUGAUUUUUAUCUGGAGUAGAAGCCACAUUUCAACUAAAAUUGAAUGGAAGCACAGACGCAGCAAGCUCAACAACAGGUGCAACAGCAGCAACACCUUUUAGUAAAUAUCAAAACGGAAGUGAGUAGUGCUGAGCCACCAUCGUCUGCCGCAUCAAUACCAACAACAAAGUCGGUGACAUCCACCGCUGAUGAGCAUAAUCAAACUACACAGGACUCAAAGCAGCAGCCAUCACAACAAUCUGCUGUACAGCAACAGCAAAUAUCGCAGCAACAGAUCUCUAGUCAAUCAAAGCCUCAUACGCCACAUCAACAACAAGAACAAAAGCAACAACUGCAACAACAACAGCAGAUCCAACAUACACCCAUAUCUGUGGCUAGCUCAGUUGCCUCAAUUAGCGGCGCCCAGACGCAAUCCAACGAGGAAUACAGCAUACCGUUGCCGCGUAGCACACAGCAGCGCCGAAUAUUGACUACAGCAGGCACAUUCGAGGAGAACGAUAACCGUGAAGGAGAUCAACCCGACUCACAGACCGAGUACCAUCACCAGACCCCCGCCGACUACGUAGUGAUGGCUCCACGUAAUGAAGAGCACCCUCCACCAGGCACUGCCGUCUACACAUACGCAACGACACAAAACGGUCAGCAAAUUAUAUGCACGGAAACUGGCACAGCCAUAAAACUUGAGGAUAUCGAAAAGGAUCAGCAGGCUAGUGUGGAAGCGCAACAACAUCAGCAACAACAACUGCAGCAACAACAGCAAAUGCCACCUGGUAGCGGGUAUGGGGAUACAAUUGUUGUGUCCGCAGCAGCGUUACAUCAACAUCAAAAUCCGCACGGCGUCAUCAAUGCCUCAACCCAUGGCGGGCAUCCGGGCGCACCACUGCGUUUUGAACCAGAUGAACGCUACAGUAAUGUCCUGCAAGACAACGGCAACGUACAAACGAUCUAUUAUAACCCUACGGUGGUGGAGUCCUCUGCACACCCAAGUGAGACAAAGACAUUUACUGAUCUGGGCAAUUCGGAAUACUAUGCGAGUCCCCCAACUUACGCGCUGCCGCCGCCAAAUAAUGGUCUCUACAGUGUGUCAAGUUCUACACAGCUUAUUUGUAAAUCGGAUCCAAAUUUGGGCGCUAUGCGGCAACCGCCACAAUUUCAGUCAUUAAUGGAGUCGGGGGUACAGGAGCAAUCCAUGUGGGCACCGUCAAGUGUGGAAUUUUCCGGUUAUAAUACAUAUCAUCAUCAGGUCGUUGAUGACUACGGCUCUGGCAAUAUGACUGCGACGCACUGGCCAGGCACCGGACCAAUUACUGCCUAUGAGACUUCCCUGGGGCCGACCAUCUAUGAUGCGCCCAAAUGUGACAAUUGUGGUGCACUCUACAUACGGAAAGGCAACGACUUCUACUGUCCCACUGGCUGCAAUCAACUGCGUCCGACCCACGUGCGCAUACCUGCUCGGCAAGCGAAACCCAAAGUGCAGGCCAAUGCCAAUAAUCGACGCACCGGCGUUACGUGUGCCAAUUGCAAUACAACAACAACGACAUUAUGGCGCCGCAACAACGAGGGCAACCCUGUGUGCAACGCCUGCGGACUGUACUUCAAGCUACACAAUACCAACCGCCCGCAAUCGAUGAAGAAGGAUGGCAUACAGAAGCGCAAACGCAAGCCAAAGAAUAAUGGCGGCAUGUCGACGAUGAAGCCACUGCCUUUAAAUGAUUUUACACACGCAGCACUUCCUGGCAUGCCGCAGAAUGUGACGUUGAUGACACCUAACGGCACAAUUUAUCCCUCCCAAGUAUCGGCUUUGAGUUUGCCCAUGAAUGGUGGCGGUAUUGCAACUAGUAUUGUCACUGGCGGUGGCCAGCAGCAGUUGUCGGGCGAGAUACGUGAUAUGUCCCUGAGUGCUAAUGCGGCUGGCGCAGGCGCUGGCUCAUUGUCCGCCGGUAAUGUUGGGAGCACCGUUGUGGUAGCUAGUGGCGCGGGCAGCUCAGUAACCGGCACCGGACCGCGCAACGUUUCGAUUGUGCAUCACGUGACCGGCGAUAGUCACUCCCCGUACAGCAACCCACCAUCGCAAAGUCAAUCGCCGCAUCUGUCCAACCCGUCGCCACUGAGUCGCCAACAAAUUUCACAAACUGUGCAACCGAUUGAAGCCACGCGCCCAUCAAACGGGGAAAUACCCACAAGCGUCAUUACGCGCACUGGGCUACCGGAGCGCUCCUCGAAUAACUGAGAGGCAUUAUCUGCCCUUCAUUCUCUUCUAACACAAUCAAACUUCCUUCAAAAGCUAACAAAAAAUGGACCUAAGCUUAUAUUAUUGUUGGCCUGAUGAUCUGAUGAGCUAAUAAUUAUAAUUUAUACACGUACGCAUGAUGAGUACAGUUAACUUUUUAAGUGCCAAAAAAUAUUCUAUUUAAAUCUGAUUACAAAAGUAUUUAUGUACCAAUGACUUAGAGCUGGUAGUUUAGGAAAUAGUAGGUAUUUAAAAUAGUUUUUUAAAAUAAUAUAAGUAGAUUAUUAUUAUGUAUCGUAUGUGUCGUAUUAGUG